UUGAGCCAGCUGUUUUCCGCCGAACGCUCGGUCAAUUAUCUUCUGCUUCUGCUCGAUUUCUUUGUCCUAACAGCUCGGGCAUCGAGAUCUUUGCCCGAAAAUUAGGAUAUAAAAUGAUAACCAUAAUACCUAGAACAGUCCAGGUAGGGGUGAGCUCAGCUGGGCCCCUACGAUGUGUCCUCGCCAAACAAGGCCUCCUUCAUGCCCUCAACAGAGUCAGCGCUGCGAUCGAGCAGAAGAGACCAUACCAUGAAGUCACCGGGGAUAUUAUCUGCCCUUCCAUGGUACAGGGAAUUGACCACCUGAGAGACCCGCGAUUAAACAAGGGUCUAGCGUUUACUCUGGAGGAGAGGCAGGCCCUUGGUAUCCACGGAUUGAUGCCUCCUAGGUUCAAGACACAAGCCCAGCAGAUUGAAGUUUGCCGUUUCAGUGUGAUGAAGUAUCAAGAAGAUCUCAACAGAUAUCUCUACCUCGCCGAGCUGCAGGACAGAAACGAGCGGUUAUUCUUCCGCCUAUUGUCAGAGAAUGUAGAGACACUGAUGCCCAUUGUCUACACUCCCACUGUGGGUCUUGCAUGUCAGAAGUUUGGUCUCAUCUACAGACGACCCCGAGGACUGUUCAUCACCAUUCACGACAAAGGACACAUCUUCGACAUCUUGAAAAACUGGCCUGAACCUGAUGUCAGAGCUAUCGUCGUGACAGACGGAGAGCGUAUCCUAGGUCUUGGAGAUCUUGGAGCUUGCGGAAUGGGCAUUCCUGUGGGCAAGCUGGCUCUGUACACUGCCUUGGCAGGCAUCAAACCUCAUCAGUGUCUGCCCAUCACCAUUGACGUGGGCACCAAUAACGAAAAACUGUACAACGAUCCGUUGUAUAUCGGACUAAGAAAGAAAAGGUUGGUGGGUCCCGAGUAUGACGAUUUUGUAGACGAGUUCAUGCAAGCAGUUGUGAAACGCUACGGACAAAACACUCUCAUCCAGUUUGAGGACUUUGGCAACCACAAUGCAUUCAGAUUCCUGGACAAAUACAGAGACAAGUACUGCACGUUCAACGAUGACAUCCAAGGAACCGCGUCUGUCGCUGUGGCAGGACUAAUGGCAGCUCGACCAAUCAUAAACAAGCGAAUGUCCGACAACAAGUUCCUUUUCCUAGGGGCUGGAGAGGCCGCUCUUGGUAUCGCCAACCUGUGUGUGAGAGCAAUGCAGACAGAAGGCACCAGCAUCUCUGAGGCUCGUAGCAAGAUCUGGAUGAUGGACAUUGAUGGACUUCUGGCCAAGGGAAGGCCUGAGGGACGUCUUGAAGGUCACAAACAGCUGUAUGCAAAGGACCAUGCUGUUGUUAAGGACCUUCUCACAUUAGUCAAAGAAAUCAAGCCAUCGAUAUUGAUUGGAGCCUCAGCGGCUGGUGGAGCCUUCACCCCGGAGGUUCUGCGGGAGAUGGCCAACAACAAUGAGAAACCCAUCAUCUUUGCCCUCAGCAACCCUACCAGCAAGGCAGAGUGUACAGCCGAACAAGCCUACGUCAACACUGAUGGUCGCUGUAUAUUCUCCAGCGGUUCACCCUUCCCCCCUGUUGAGUUCAACGGGAAGACAUUCCAGCCAGGACAGGGCAACAACGCCUACAUCUUCCCUGGAGUGGCGCUGGGAGUCAUAGCCACUGGCAUCCACCAUAUUCAUGAGGAGCUCUUCCUCAUUGCUGCUCAGACUGUAGCAGACUUUGUUACUGAUGAGGAUAUUGCCAGGGGCAGCUUGUACCCUCCACUCAACAAAAUUAGAGAAUGUUCCACACAGAUCGCAACCAGAAUCGCCAUCUACGCCUAUGAAAAAGGUAUCGCGUCAACAUAUCCAGAACCGGUAGACAAGAGACAGUUUAUUGAGGAGCAGCUGUAUGAUUACAACUACGACUGUCCGCUCCCUCCAACCUACGAGUGGCCCCACGAUGCGCUGGAGACGGAACUGCCCCUCGAACAUCUAGAGGCAAUGCCUGGCGACCAUCUCAAACACAAGUAAACCACAUCGAGUCCCAACGCUCUAGUCAGAUGGCUUUGAUAUCCGACAGUUAAGGUUGCAUUUAGUGCUGAAUUUAGGUGUACAUUUUUUAACUCCAGUAUUGUCAACAGUUUUAUUGAUGACGGUGCUGCGCUCGUUUCCAAACGACUGAUCACAGUAUGUCAAAGUUAUUUUACCAUUAGUAUUCUUACUAAGUAUUUUAAAAUUACAAUUUUAUGUAAUCUUCCUCAUCUCAUGUGACAAAGUCAGUAUUUUUUAGUAUUUUGUCCAAAUAAAAAUGUUUGUUAAAGCUGCUCGAAUUUAUUUUAUCGAAAUGUGAAAUCAAAUGGAAUGCAUAGAAAGGAAUUGAAAAGAUUGUAUCUGGUUACUAUAUAGUGUAUUUCAUCAGUUCCUUUUUAAACUCGUGAUAGUGGAAUUAAAUUAUUUUAGGUGUAAGAUAAUUUAAUUAGCUUAAAUAAAGGAAGGCAUUAUUACCUGUAAAAUUUGUAAAAAUAAGCACAAGUCGUAUUUAGAUCUGAUUAUGAAAUUUAUUCUAAAAUCAAAAACUUACACAAUACUAAAGACGACAAGCAACAUAUUAUCUUCCAUGUAGAAUUGUACUUAUUGGAUUUUAAUUAUAUAAGAUCAGUAUUAUGAUAGUACAAGAAAACUAUUUUAGCAAUAAAUAACGAGUUAUAAAUAAUAAAUUAAUAAAUCAAUGUAGCCUAUUUUAUGUUUUCACGAUCAAAUCGAGUAUUAUCAUUCUUUAUGUUAUGGAUUAACAUGUAUACUGUAUUUAUAUUAUAUUUAUUUAUUUUAAUUUAGUUUUAUUGUGCUACAAAAUAAUUGGUAUUAUCUCUAGAGAGGAAUUUAUGUUCACAAUUAAAGCAGGAGCACUCAGAGAAUGUGAUGUGGCCAUCCGGCGUUGUUAAUUUUCACUUCAUUAAAAGACAGUUGGUGUUAA